AUGCUACCCAUUAUUUUUAUGACAGCAGUCCUUUGUAACUACUUUCACACAAUAGAAUAUCAAGAGAUAUCAGAAAUACUGCAAUUUCAUGUUUUUGAUAAAACUGAUAGUAAAAAAUUUGCAGAUAUGCAUAUGAAAUUUGAAUUAAAGUUUACUCAUAAUGCUUUGAAAAAACUUGUAAAAGAUGUAGAUGACUUAGCUACCAUAAAAGAUAAGCUAUUGAAUUUUGUAGAAACUUUUUUUGUAGAAGAGGAUGACAGACAAAAUAUACCAUUUCUAGUUACUGGUAGUGAUCCAGAUUUUGUAAAAGAUUUAGAUGAACAGCUUAAAGAAGUAUUUACGUUAAUACAUGAGAAAUGGUAUAUUUAUGCACGUAGAGAUUCAUUUAGUAAUACUGAUAAAUUUGAAGAGGCCAAUGACACUUUAAAAAUUAAAUCUUCGGUUGAUCAAAAUAGUAAAAAUAAGAAAAAAGAGAUAUUUGAACUAUUGAAAUCUGAAAAUAUAAAAGAAAACGAUUUGUAUAACAAAAUUACGCUUCCGUUUACUUAUUUCGUUCCUGGUGGUAGAUUUAAAGAAGCUUAUUAUUGGGACUCAUACUGGAUACUUAUAGGUUUAUUAAGUUGUAACAUGAAUGAAUAUGCAUUUGAACUUACACAAUCAAUCGCUUUUUUAAUAGAUAAAUUUGGGUAUAUGCCAAACGGAACUAGACAGUAUUAUUUGGGUAGAAGUCAGCCUCCUUUUUUCAGUCAAAUGCUGUUAAGACUUUAUAAUGCUAAUAUACACCGCGAAUGGAUACUCGAGGAAGGUCUUGAAAGUUUAGAAAAAGAAUACAAUUGGUGGAUGGAAAAUAGACAUUUUGAUAAAGAUUUUAGACUAAACCGAUAUAAAAUAACUAAAAUUAACAUUCCUCGCCCAGAAUCAUUCAAAGAAGAUUUUGAAUUUAGUGAUAAAUUUAAAGAGCUAUGGGCAGGUGCUGAAUCUGGAUGGGAUUUUAGUGCAAGAUGGUUUAAUGGCGGUGGUAAACUAGAGAACAUUAGUACUGGAGAUAUUAUUCCUGUAGAUUUAAAUGUUUACAUGUUAAUUACUGAAAAAAUUAUAUUAUUUUUGAAUGAAAAAAAACUUGAAAAAAAAGAAGCUUCUGCUACCUUCGAUACUUCUACGGUUAUAAAUGAUUCAGAAAAAACAAUUAACAGUUCUGCGAAAGACCCUAAAGAAGAAGUUAGAAAAAAAAUUUUACUGUUUAAAAAUUAUAUUUUAGAAAGGGAAUUCGCUAUUAAUUCAAUAUUAUGGAAUCAAGAACAAAAAGUAUGGCUUGAUUAUAAUGCAGUUACUAAGACUCAUAGCAAGGCUUUCUUUUUUUCUAAUAUAACUCCGCUGUUUGUGAACAUUAAGAUGCCUGAAGGCAACUUAUAUGAUAUAUUAGAUAUGUAUAAAAAAGAGUUAUUUAGCUAUCCUGGUGGUAUUCCUGUAUCAAAUAUAGAAUCGGCUAAAGAUGAGAAUGGACAACAGUGGGACUUUCCAAAUGUUUGGGCACCACUGACACAAAUGUUUGUUGAAUACAUGAUUAAUAAAGAUUUUGACGUAGCUUUGCACGUUGCUAAAUCUUUUUAUAGAAGUGUUUAUAAAGGAUUGGGCACUAAUAAAGAUUUUCAUGAAAAAUAUAACUGUUUAUUGGUCGGUGAAAAAGGACAAGGUGGUGAAUAUGAGUCACAGGAAGGAUUUGGAUGGACUAAUGGUACUGUAGCAUGGAUGAUAAAGAUUUUUAAAAAUAAACUUACAGAGAAUGAUGACCAUAAAAAGUCUUAUGAAGAUGUUUGUCGUAUAAUUAGUUCUAAAAAAUCGGAAGAUAACGAAAGUGUGGUUGAUAUAUAG